UUGUCUUCGAGAGCGCGAGAGAGAGAGAGAGAGGGGGGGUCUGAAGAGCGAGUCUAGAGAGAGAAAGAGCGCGAUCUCAACGGCAACGCCAACGCCAACGCCAACGCCAACGGUGUAGAGAGAGGGAGAGACAAGAAAUGGGUACGCUGCAGACUUGGCGGAAAGCCUAUGGCGCUCUUAAAGAUCAGACCAAAGUCGGCCUUGCCCACGUCAAUAGCGAUUUCAAGGAUGUGGAUGUUGCGAUCGUUAAAGCUACCAAUCAUGUUGAGUGCCCACCCAAAGAGAGACACCUCAGAAAAAUUUUUGCUGCCACGUCUGCAAUUCGGCCUCGGGCAGAUGUUGCAUACUGCAUACAUGCGCUUGCAAGGAGAUUGGCCAAGACCCAUAAUUGGACGGUAGCAUUGAAAACACUGAUAGUUAUGCAUAGGACAUUGAGAGAGGGAGAUCCCACUUUUAGGGAAGAACUUCUGAAUUUCCAACAGAGGGGACGUAUUCUCCAAUUAUCAAAUUUCAAGGAUGAUUCAAGCGCUAUUGCUUGGGAUUGCUCCGCCUGGGUACGUUCAUAUGGUUUGUUUGUGGAAGAACGUCUUGAAUGCUUCAGGAUUCUAAAGUAUGACAUUGAAGCUGAACGUCUUCCAAGACCCACCCAAGGGCAAGAGAAGGGCUACAGCAAAACCAGGGAGUUGAACAGUGAAGAACUGUUGGAGCAGCUGCCUGCAUUGCAGCAGCUGCUAUAUCGUCUUGUUGGUUGUCGGCCUGAAGGAGCAGCUGUUGGCAAUUAUGUGAUACAGUAUGCCUUGGCUCUGGUACUCAAAGAGAGCUUUAAAAUUUAUUGCUCUAUCAACGAUGGAAUCAUCAAUCUUGUGGAUAAGUUCUUCGAGAUGCCCAGGCAUGAAGCUAUUAAUGCUCUGGAUAUUUAUAAAAGAGCUGGCCAGCAGGCUGGGAGCCUUUCUGAUUUUUAUGAAGUUUGCAAAGGGUUGGAACUUGCUAGAAAUUUCCAGUUUCCUGUUUUGAGGGAGCCUCCACAGUCCUUUCUUGUGACUAUGGAAGAGUACAUAAGAGAGGCACCGCGGAUGGUUUCUGUUUCAAGAGAGACAUUGGAAUAUCCAGAGAGACUUCAAUUGACGUACAAAUCAGAAGAAACUCCUUUACCUUCUGAAGAAUCACAACUGUCUGAUGAUGAACCUAAGCCACUGCCUUCAGAUGAUGAUGUUGUCCCAAAUGACAAGGUUCCUGCCCCAUCCCCACCUCCUCCAAACAACUUGGACUCUGAUGAUCUGCUGGGAUUAAAUGUCAUCACAACUGAUGCAUCUGCAAUCGAGGAAAGCAAUGCUUUGGCUCUUGCCAUAGUUCCAUCUGAUAUAACAUCUGGUACUGCUCAAGCAAAUGAUUUUGAUACUACUGGAUGGGAACUUGCACUGGUCACCACUCCCAGCAGCAACAUUUCUUCUGUUCAGGAACGGCAAUUGGUAGGUUCUUCCAUAUUAUUUUCCCUGUUCUAUCAGUGGCUUAUGGCUAAUGUCAGUUUUCUGUUGCUAGUAUAAAUCUAAAAAUGAUCAAACGAUGGGUUUUUUCACGGCUUUAUGGACGUCUUUUUUCUUCUUCCCCUACUUUUUUGGCUGUCAGGUGAAUCAAGCAUUUAAAUCACCUUCUUUCAAAUGUCAUGCUAGCACUAUGAUAACAUGUUAUUAUAGGGAGAGUGUAUUCCCUUUAUUGUAGGAAAGGAGUGUCACACUUAUUAAAGUAUUUUAUGUUGG